AUGCCUACCCUUAAAGUCAUUACGACUUCCUCCACAGCCAACACUCGCAAACGCACUUCGUCCUUCUCUCAGCCUUAUCCAUCGCAGUCUUCACGCAUGUCUCUUCGUCGCACUGCUUCUUUUCUCUCCUUGUCGGACUAUGACGGUGACGAGGAUGUCUCGUUACAGUCUGGCCCCUUUUCAUAUUCGAUUUACGCAAAGACCCAACCCCCUGUCGUUCCCUACAAUCGUACUCUAUACCACUACAAGGAGCAGCGUGAACGGCGUAAAGCAGCCCUCAGCCGCAGCCGUCCCGAAUUUACCAUUGCUCCACCCUCCACCAAGCAGCUCGCUAAACUCACUCUUCAAUCACCAAAAUCUCGCCCGCCACACAACCAAACAGCAGGGCUGCGGACCUCUUCCCCCUUAUCACCGACCCAGAAACUCCUUCCGCCCCGCGCUUCUUUCCCUCGUUCGAAACCCGAGCCGGACUUGUACCGCAUCGCAAUCAGAACACGUAUGCGGUGCUCCCCUGAAGGCGCGAAGAUUCUUCGUAUGGGUCCUCGUAUGGCUGUGUCUAUUUUAACCGCUACUCGGGACCUCGAGAUGCUUGUGUCAACACAGGAGGUGAACUUCAGUGAUGACUGGGAAAUGCUCGACUGCAGUGCGUGA